AUGUCGCCUUUCUUUGUUGAGAAGGGGGUGUCCUCCCUCUCUAACCACAUCACCGAAAUUAAGAAGUUACGAUCAGGUGACCUCCUUAUCAAGUGUACAUCGGUAAAAGACUGCCAACAGAUCUUGACUACCACAGAGAUGCUUGGGAUCCCCAUAUCCGCAUCGUUACAUAAGACUCUGAACACAUGCCGUGGUGUGGUAGCCGUUGCCGGAUUAAUUGACGUCCCAGUAGAAGAGAUUCUUGCAAAUCUAAAGGAACAGGCAGUAAUUGAUGUCAGGAAACUCAAGAUACGAAAAAACAAUGAAUAUAUCACCACCAGAAACGUUGUUCUUACCUUCGAUCGUCCUUCGCUACCCGAUAAAUUGAAAGUUGGAUAUCUCUCUGUAGAGGUUCGUCCAUACAUUCCAAAUCCUCUUCGUUCUUUCAAGUGCAACCGCUUCGGACAUGCUGCUGAUGCUUGCCGUGGGUCGCCAUGCUGCGCUCGUUGUGGCCAGCAGGGCCAUGAUACUAAAGAGUGUAGAGGGCCUGAUUGCUGUGUAAACUGUUCCAGUGAUCACCCCUCUUACUCCAGGUCUUGCGCUAAGUGGAAAUUGGAAAAGGAGAUCUUGCGCAUCAAGGUUACUGAAAAUAUCAGCUACCCCGAGGCGAGGAAAAAGGUAUCCCCAUUUUUCACUCAAAAAUCUUUCUCCGCUGUACUUCAACAGAAACCAAGGAUGGUAACAGUACACACACAGACAGACAUUCCACCUAGAACACAACCAACAACAAGUGAAGACGGGGUGAAAACCAAGCCCCAUAAUGAAAAUGCAGUAGUGACUGCGACAGCAGUCCUACCCUCGUCGUCACCCUCCGUGGAGAUGCCCUCCAUGGAGUGUGAUGAUGAUUCGAGCUCGGAGCUCUCCUUGGGGAGCACGAGCUCACCAUUUCUGACACCAGCAAGAGGAAACCUCUCGAGGAGUGGUUCUCUCCCCGAGAUAUCAGGGAAGGAUUUGGCGGAGGCCAGAAGAAAAGCCCGGAAGCCGAGGAUUACUCCUCCCCAGAGGAGUAAAACCUAG